CAGCCACCCCGGCUGAGGGAAGCAGGAGGAGGAGGCGGAGAUGGGCGAUGAAGAGGGCUGGAAAAGGGCCGUGAAAGCAGCCAAGGCUGGAUCCGCGCUGAACUGCUCGGGCAGCUGCUGCUCCUCCUCGCUGGCCAUGGCUGUGAAAGACCCCCUGGCAAUUGAAAGAACAAAUCUAUUGAACAUGGCUAAACUGAGUAUAAAGGGACUCAUUGAAUCCGCUCUAAGCUUUGGCCGAACUCUUGAUUCUGAUUAUCCACCUCUCCAGCAGUUCUUUGUUGUCAUGGAACACUGCCUCAAACAUGGCCUGAAAGUAAAGAAAUCUUUUCUAAGUUAUAAUAAAACAAUAUGGGGCCCUCUGGAACUUGUAGAGAAAUUGUAUCCCGAAGCUGAGGAGAUUGCUGCUAGCGUUAGAGAUUUACCUGGUCUCAAGACUUCCUUAGGACGUGCUCGGGCUUGGUUACGUUUGGCACUUAUGCAGAAAAAGAUGGCUGACUACCUCCGAUGUCUCAUCCUUCGGAAAGAUCUCCUUGGGGAAUUUUAUGAAUACCAUGCAGUGAUGAUGGAAGAAGAAGGAGCCGUCAUUGUUGGAUUGCUUGUUGGGCUAAAUGUCAUUGAUGCAAACUUGUGCAUAAAAGGAGAAGAUUUGGAUUCACAAGUUGGCGUAAUUGAUUUCUCCAUGUACCUAAAGAAUGAAGAUGACGCUGAAGAUAAAGAAAGAAACGACCACGUUGCUGCAAUAUUGGAUCAGAAGAAUUAUGUUGAAGAAUUAAACCGGCAAUUGAAUAGUACAGUCGGCAGCCUCCAUACACGCGUUGAUUCACUAGAGAAGUCAAACACUAAAUUAAUCGAAGAGUUGGCAAUAGCUAAAAACAACAUAAUUAAACUACAAGAAGAAAACCAUCAUUUAAGAAGUGAAAACACACUCAUUUUAAUGAAAACACAACAUCAUCUGGAGAUGAAUAAAGUAGAUGCCGAAGCAGAACUUCAGACAUAUAAGCAUUCCCGACAAAGCCUGGAUGAAAUGUACAAUGAAGCACAUAGACAGCUUCGAGAAGAAUCACAGUUAAGACAAGAUAUAGAGAAUGAAUUGAUGGUCCAGGUUGGUAUGAAGCAUGAGAUCGAACUUGCAAUGAAGUUAUUGGAGAAAGAUAUACAUGAAAAACAAGACACUCUUAUGAAUCUGCGGCAACAGCUGGAGGAAGUCAAAGUGAUAAAUACAGAAAUGUAUCAAAAACUGCAGUUUUCAGAUGAAGCCAUGAAAGAAAAGAAUGAAAUAAUUGGUCGCCUGGAGGAUAAAACUAGUGAGAUUACCGCAACCAUGAAGCAUCUGGAACAAAGCGACAAAGAAUUGUUAACACAGACUAGGACUAUUGCUAUGACUUUGGUGAAAUGCUCCAGCCGUGAAGGGCAGCCCCAGUACAAGCUGGUUAAAGAUAUAUCAUUUUGAAGUCAUGAUUCUUGCAAAGCAAUUCAUAAUGGAGCAAACAGUCAGCAGUGCUUACACAAGGAAAAUGAGCUUUGAAUUACGAUGCUUGGAUUUGAGUCAAGUCUUGUCCAUGUAUUUGGUUUACUUGGGAUGUCAGUGUAGUUAUUCUCAUUAGACCGUGUUUCUGACACCGAUUUCCUGCUUUGUUUUUCCGAAAGGAAGUGACAAUAGAAAUCUUAAUUUAGCAUUUUCUAGUUGGAAUUGAUCUUUUCAAAAUCACAGUGUUAUUAUCUAGAAAAUGAUAAACAGAGACCGACUUUAAGUUCAGCUAGCACUAUUUUUAUGACAGUGAAGUUGGUAGGGGGGAAGAAGUUCAGAAAAGAUCUUUUAGAUUGUAAUUCAACCUCUGUUUACAUAAAUCUUUUCUUGGUGUUUUGAUAAGGGCAAGAGUUAAACAUGGUCUUCCGAAUGAUCUUUAAAUAUAUUAAAUCUUUGCACAAAAAUGUUGUUUUUAAGAAGUGGAGAUGUGCCCCACAAUUAUGCUGGGAGAAUUAUAUUUUGCUUUAAAAAGAGGACUUAAAUUGGAAAUCCACCAUGCUUUGAACCGAAGAAGUAGUGCAAUGAAAAUGAACUGGUGGACAUUGGUGAAGCAUAAAAACCUCUUUUGGUGGAACGUACGUUUGCAUCUACUUUGUGGUACAGAAGAAAGAGGGACUACGGAAAUCCUUUUUAUUUAUAGUUGAUAGCAGUCAAUCAUGGAAUGGAAAUUGUUCGUCUGUGCUUGGAUGUCUGCCUGGGUAGAAAGGCUUUUACAGUUAAUCUUUUGGAAAGGGGCUUUCUCCCAUGCCCCUGCCUUUAAAGCUGAGGGGGAAUCAUCUUUAUAGAUGAGGGAGCUUUAGGAACAUAUUAGCAAUAGAGCACGAGUGUUGGGGGUGGGUUCAGAAAAGUCAAGAUGGCAGCCACAGCCAUGCAACAGAAGCCCUGCCCGCUUUUUACGCAGAAUGCAUGGGUUGAGGGUGAGACAUUAAUGGCAUAAGUGGCUGCUGGCAUUUGGAGAUUUUAACUAACUCCCAUCCUCACCCCAUGUAACAGACAUCCUUGCAUUAGAACUCAAGAUAAAAAUCCCCUUUCAACCUUCUUUACUGAAGGUUUACUGGAUGGUUUUUACGAACUUCUCUAGGCAUAGGCAGUGUUUUCAAAUGCAAGAUCCCCACCCCCACCCUUCAAAGUGAGGCUAGCGCCGUGUCCAGGGGUGGGCUUCAAAAAUUUUAGCAAGGGGUUCUCUGCCCGGUUGUUGGGUGGGCAUGGUCAUGGUGGGCGUGGCCAAGUCAGCCUCCUGCACCAUGGGGGGGGGGUCUUUUUGCCUUCCCUGAGCUCCAGAGGCUUUUCUCGAGCCUCCGAGAAGACGAAAACGGCCUCCCCAGUCUCCGGAGGUGCUCUGGAGGCUGGAAACAGAUACUGAACUUCCGGUAGGCCUGUUUUUUGCCCUCCCCGAGCCUCCGCACACGCCCUGCACUUACCUGCAUCCAAAAUGGGCCAUGUGGGGACUCCUGGGAGGGGCGGGGCCAGACAGGAGUGGGAUUUGGAGGUUCUCUGAACUGCACAGAAUCUUAGCCAGAGGUUUUCGCGAACCCCCAGCAGCCCACCCCUGGCCAUGCCUAAAAAAGCUCAGUGCACAGAAUCACUUCACACUUUGAUUAUUCUUGGAAUAUAGAUGAUCCAUGGGAAUAUUAUCAGUUUCCCUUUUCCUUAGAAAGAAUUUUUGGAGCAACUUGUGUAUGAGAUCAGAAAAGAAGUGACAGGAAAAGUCUAGGUGGAUUGCUCUACCAGGCAGUAUAUAUCUGUUUUCUUAUCCGCUCUCAACCCUGGGUGGGAAUCCCAACUAUUUACAUAAUGCCAUAGCUAUUACAUUAGACCAGUGUUAAUGACCACAAAACUGAUCCAGACAAGCCGCAUUAGACCAGUGUUUCUCAUCUUUGGCACACUUAAAGAUAUGUGGACUUCAACUCCCAGAAUUCCCUUGCAACGAAUUGUGGCUGAGGAAUUCUGGGAAUUGAAGUCCACUCAGCUUUAUCUUGUCAAAGCUGAGAAAUACUGAAUUAGACAGUCAGCGACUUUCCUUGGCACGUAUUGUGUUGGGCCUCAAAUACACUAUUUGGGUCCUAGUUAAAUCAUCCAGAGUUCUGCAUCAGUAGGAGAUGAAAGUCAAAAAAAACCCAGUCAAGAUGAUGGCUGCAACCAAAUGGGCAGGACCUCCAUUAUGGUUCUUUUCACUGCCUUUGAGGACGUCCCUGUGCCCUUUCUUUCUUUUGUGAAGCCAGUUGGCUGGGCUAUUUGAAGUUUGGUUUUUCCUUUUCAAAAAAGAAAUCAUAUUCGUAAGAGUUUAUAUGCUCAGCGCUCUGUAUGUAUGAAACCUAAAAUAUGUAUUCACUCUGCUAUGAUGGCGCCUGUUUAUCAUGGAUCCGAAAUAAAAAAAUGGAGAAAUUUAUGGAUGUUUUGUGGUGAUAGUGAGAUGCAUAAUUUGAAUUUGUAGGCAUUGUCUGGGUCCCUCAUUUGAGUUAGUGAGUUUAUCCCCAAACUUUGUUUUCAUUUAGAAAUGUUCUAUUUCCCCAUUUUUUUCCUUUUAUUUGUCUUCAUCCUUUACAUCCAAA